AUGAAUAGUUCAUCGUCAGACGGCAUUAUACAUGGGGGACACCAAGGAGGGAUGGCCCGGGGAGACGGAUACCUUCCCCGGGGAGAGUCGUCCUGUGACGUCAUCUACAGACACUUCCCUUUGGAAGAUGUGGGGAGAGAUGAUAAAUAACACCUCCCUCCACGGCGUCAGCAAAAUAUCCAGGGGGAAAACAAUGUGUCACGGGGUUUUCUGGGCCGUCAUGACCAGUGUUAUGCUUGCUCUUCUAAUCACCGUCUUCGUGUUAUACAGCUUAGAUUAUUUCUUGUACGAAACAUUGAUCAAAAGAAAUUUCAAAGCAGCCGCCGAGCUUGAGUUUCCGUCAGUUACCGUUUGCAACCUGAGCCCCAUCAACAUCUCUAGCAUCAACCAAUCAGAUGCUCUGAAUUGGUACUUCCUGGCAACACACGUGUUCGGCCGCUUCGACCUAUCAGAGCAGUUCAACACAUCUGACCCUCGUUUUUCAGUCUUGCACGAGAAACGAAAUGAUUCAUGGCUUGGGCAUACAGCAUUUAAUAAAAGCUGCGUUUAUUACAUCGAGUUCGGAGGGGUACGCCUGUCAACACAGAGCUAUAUAAAGUAUAGAGUUACUGACGCUGGGAUGUGCUUUUCCUUUAAUGGACCCUCUCAAACCCCUCCAUUGGUCAGCAAAAUGAUCGGAAGCAGACGGGGCUUAACAAUGUUUGUCUACAUUGACCAGGACAAUUACAUAUUUCCUGAAAACAUGGGUGCCGGUCUCAAAGUGGCCAUACAUGAUCGGAAUGUGGAACCGAACAUGGAAGAAAAUUCUUUCCUUGUUAGCAGUGGUACAGUGACAUAUGUUCCAAUAAUAAAGAGAGAGUACACAUUCCUUAAAAAACCGUACAAAGCGUUUGGAGACAAGUACUGCAUUGACAACAAUGACCCGGAUUUUCAAAACCCAUUGAAAUAUUACCACAACUACAGUUUGUUUGCCUGCCUCAGAGAAUGCCGAGCAAGGUACAUCUUCAAAGUCUGCACCUGCCGCCACAUUAACGAUUUCGGCGAAGAAGAAAUCUGUACCUUCGCUCAGGAGUAUAACUGUGUUAAAGAUGCUAAAGAUCAAUUUGAUGGUGAUUUUUCUCUUCAACAAGCUUGUGAAUGCCCACAAAUGUGUAAACUGGUGUCAUUUGAGAAACAGUUAUCAUUCGCCAGACUUCCGUCCGAAAAAUAUCAGCGAUACUUUGAAAGUGUGAAAAUAAAUGAUAUUCAUAAGAAUCAUAUAGAACUUAGAUUCUUCUACGAGACGUUCGUCGUCGAGAGUGUGGAACAAGUUUCCAAAAUAGAGCUCUCUUCUGUCCUAGGAAAUGUCGGUGGAUAUUUAGGGAUUUUUCUCGGAGCCAGUAUUCUAACUCUGACAGAAUGGAUAGAAUUUUUUGCCCUCGCCCUGUAUGUACUGAUCAGACGGAUGUUGCGUUGGACAAAGUGCAACGUCAUAAGUAGCGAACGGGCUGACAAAAACUAAUUCGGUAUCCUGAGUUAAUUAAAGUGUGUACAUGCAUCGACGAAGCAGAUUGUAGAAACCUUCUACAAUGUCAUUAAUCAAUUAUGCGCACAAUACAUGCAUUUUGUAGAAUUUAAAGUGUGACUGACAUAUUUGUGUGAACAUAAACACUUUUUUCUGAUUGUAUUUUAUCAAAUAUUUUGACAAGUAACAAUGUUAUAUAGUUAGAUACGAAUGAGUGUAGAUGCCUUCUAGUGAUUACUCCGUCUGUCUGUCUGUCUGUCUGAUAUCAUUUGUCUGAAGCAUAUCUUAUACCCCCUUGGACCAAUAAAACUCAUUCUUUCCGCACAUACUGUUACAUGGUAUAGCGAGAGCAGUUAUUUAAUCCCUGGUGAUUCAUGCAGGAUAUGAAGAUCGCGACAUUGCAAAAAAAAUUACGUUACCCGCUAUAUGUAAAAAAUAUGAAAUUUACAUAACCCGCAACAGCGGGUAAAAUCAACAAGUUUACAGUAGUUAAUGCAAUCCGGAAAAAUAUAAAAGGUGGGCCGAUAACAGAACAAAUACAGCAGUGAAUUAUGAUA